CAACUACCCAACACACCACAGGGGGGAGCCAGUCGUCCACCUUGCAUGUAGCAGAAAUCCCAUCCCCAAGAAGAACCUGUGUUCAUUUUUUGAGUUCGUGAGUCAAACAAAGAGAUAGCAAAAGGAAGCCUUCUCUGCGGGUGUGGGUGUUUUCAGAAGUGCAUUGCUGUAACUAACGUGACAUGUGCAGAUUGCAUGAGUCUGUAACUCUUCCUCCAUGAGAAGCACGGGACCUGUGUGCUCAGCUGGAUUGGUCCAUCACAACAUCGGUGAUCAGUCUGCUAGCUAGCUGUCGAUUUACAGUCGCUGCUUUCACCGCAGCUGAAGACGGAGAAGGAACCUCACAGUGCAGAGCUGAGGCCCCAACUAACACGGAAGGUACUGAUUCCCCCUGAGGUUCUCAUCUGAUGGAUCAGUGGUUGUCAGUCUUUGUGAAGAGGCACGAUGUUUCCUUGUCACGUCAGCCCCUGGCCCUCUGCUGAGCCGCCGGCUUCCUGCGGCAGUCAUGCACCUCAAGCACAGCCUUCACAACCCCUCCCGGAUCUGCUGUGCAGCUGUCCUGCUGCACCUUUAAACGCCCACUCUGAGACGCCUUCUCCAGACCCCAUGGAGUCCCUCAUCGUUGUUACCGAGUAUGAACCCAGUAGAGCGCCUGGAGAGGCCAGGGAGGAGGAGGUAGAGGACAUGGACAGUUCUGAGACUCCAGAGCCAGCCUCCUCCGUGGCCGCCCCUUUCCGGGCGCCGUCCUGCGACCUGCUGUCCCACACAGUCGGCCGAUCAGAGUCCCUGCUACCUGUAAGCCACGAGCAAAGGGGAAGGUUAAACCUGUCCGACAGAAAACUAUCCCUGCAGGAGCGCUCGCAAACGGCAGCAUCGCCCUGCAGCUCUCCAGGAAUCAAUGGGCGCUACAUCUACCCGUCAUUACCCUACUCCCCCAUCACAUCACCUCACUCCUCUCCGCGCUUGUCCCGGCGGCCAACUGUUGAGUCCCACAGUGUUUCCAUCACAGACCUCCAGGACUGUGUUCAACUCAACCAGUACAAGCUGAAAGAUGAGAUUGGAAAGGGCUCCUAUGGUGUCGUUAAGCUGGCUUACAACGAGGACGACAACACAUACUAUGCGAUGAAGGUGCUGUCCAAGAAGAGGCUGAUGAGGCAGGCAGGUUUCCCACGGAGACCUCCCCCUCGUGGAGCCAAAGCAGCACCUGAGGGCCCCCCUCAGCCUAAAGGACCCCUGGAGAGGGUCUAUCAAGAGAUUGCCAUUCUGAAAAAGCUAGAUCAUCCCAAUGUGGUGAAACUAGUAGAGGUUUUGGACGACCCCAGUGAGGACCAUCUGUACAUGGUGUUUGAGCUGGUCAAACAAGGGGCAGUGAUGGAGGUUCCCACGGAUAAACCUUUCAGCGAGGACCAGUCACGCUUUUACUUCCAAGAUCUGCUCAGGGGAAUCGAGUACCUACAUUACCAGAGGAUCAUUCACAGAGACGUCAAACCCUCCAACCUCCUGGUGGGAGAAGAUGGACACAUCAAGAUCGCAGACUUUGGAGUCAGUAAUCAGUUUGAAGGGACAGACGCCCUUCUGACCAGCACAGUGGGUACACCUGCUUUCCUUGCCCCUGAAGCACUCUCUGAGACCAGAAAGAACUUCUCUGGAAAGGCUCUGGAUGUUUGGGCCAUGGGUGUGACACUUCACUGCUUCGUCUUUGGAGUGUGUCCAUUUAUGGACGAACGCAUCCUCAGUCUUCAUCAGAAAAUCAAGACCCAACCUGUGGAGUUACCUGAACAUGGGGAUCUCUCCGAUGAUCUCAAGGAUUUGUUGUUGAAAAUGCUGGUCAAGAAUCCAGAGACCAGAAUAUCAAUCCCACAGAUUAAGGUGCACCCGUGGGUGACGAGGCACGGCGCUGAGCCCCUCCCCCCGGAGGAUGACAACUGCUGUAUGCUGAUUGAAGUGACCGAGGAGGAGGUGGAAAAUUCUGUCAAACAUAUCCCCAGCCUGGCUACAGUGAUCCUUGUGAGAACUAUGCUGAGGAAGCGCUCCUUUGGGAACCCCUUUGACUGGGCACGCAAAGAGGACCGCAGCAGUUUGAGUGCUUCAGGGCAAACACUCACGAAAGGCAGAGCAGGCAAAGUGCGAUACUGCUACAUUCAUUGUAACCAAAGAAGGAAACAGGAGAGCGGUGACGGCAUGAGGAGCAUGGACCUGCCCUACGUGGGAGAGGAUGAGUCUCUGUCCUGAUGCAGAUGGUUUAUUUUGCACACUGGUAUCUGCCUGCCUGCAGUCACACAGCACGACACCCCUUUACUCACAGUUUCAUACUGCCAGUCCACACCUAUGUACACUUCCUGGGAGGUGGACAGGUGCGGCAGACGCAGAAAGAAAAGGGAGACAUAAGGAUGGAAGGCACUUUUUAAAGCUUUUAUUCAAUUCUCUCCACUUCGAAGGCUCAGUUUGAAGAUGUGGAACUUGAAGCUGUCACAUGGGGACCUGAAGGAGAGGAUAUCUCCUGAACUCUGAACCUGUCUCCGGCCUUUGUUUCCCCACCUGCGCCCUCCUCUUAUCCUGCAUGCGUUUAUAGUCCCAGCAUGCUUUGUCUCAGGCUUCAACUGUACAGUUUGGUGUUUUAUUGUAGUCUAUCCACAUGUAUUUCUCCUUGUCUCUACUGGACAAUUCUUUCAGGUACACAGGGCAUGAAAACAGGCGAUGGUUGACGGGGGGAGAUGGUUGUGGUUACCAUCACCUCAAUGCUUCUCUGCAGUAGGGCAGGUUUUCUUGACACUGAUUGUCUGGCUCACUCGGCUUUAGAGGGGCAGGGCCCAGUUUUGUAAAAUAUUUUCCAGAGAAGAAUAUGUACAGUUUUCCUGAAACUAAACAAAGGGGAGUGAAAAAGUGUUUACUUCAUUAAAUGCAUGUGUUUACUUUCCCAAUGCAAACACAAUAUAAGCUACAUAUAAGCAUUUGCACGCUCAUAGACAAACUUACUUUACACAGUCUGGUUGGUUCUUAUUAAGGCUCCCGUUUACUAGAAUCAACCAAAAGCUUUAAAAACCAGUCCAUGUAGUGCUUCUGAACAAUCAAAUUCAUCAUUACUGAGUUCAAGAGAGCAAAGUUACAAAGCUACUUCACCACCAUAUUAUUUAUAGGUGUUUCAAACUUAUAGUAUAUCAUGAAGGUAAUAUUCUACCAAAUUCAUAAGAGAAAAAAAUGAAUGUUUUUGUGCAAAAAUAUUCUGGAGCCAUCAUGUGCAAUGAUUCAAAUUGAUUUUUAUCACUCAAAUUUCUACUAAGUUCUCUCCACUUCUUUGGACAAACACAGUCGUGUUGUGAUAUGGAGUUCCAUGUUUGAGCUGUGUUGUAUAUUUGUUUCACUUCUAAAGUGUAUGUUUGUACGUAGAGUGAAAAACAGAAGGUGAUUGAACCUCAAGUGAAGAUUGUGAAUGUUUAUACUCGUUUUAUUUGCUCUGUUAUGUAUCGUCAGGAUUACCAAUGUUUUAAAAACGGCACAUUUUUACGACACCAAAAACUUAAAUUCUGUUUAAUUUUGUACAAGUAUAGAAGGAUACCUUAAAGAAAACAAACCUUUAAUCUAUUUGUUCUUUAUUGAGCUGUAACAGCCGGCUACAGGAGUACAUUUUCAGAUGAAGCAUAGUGCAGCUGCAGACUUUUUGUACAAAUCUAUGCACGACAUAUCUGUCGAUGUGUUGGAGGAGUUGUUGUCACCUACUGUUGGAGGAGAAAGCCACUCUGCAAAUAUUCAAACUGAAAUGAUAAGUCUUUUAUUUGUUCAUGUGUUUUAUUUUAGAUGAUCCCAAAGCAGUAAAUGAAAAUGUUCCAGUGUUGUUCCUUUGAUUCAACUUUCAUUUCUUUUCUUCUGUUUUCUAAUUUUCUUCUGUUUGUACCAGUUAAGAUAAAAUCACACUUGUCUCUAACAUCAGAUAUUGACUCAUAAUUUAAUACACGGUUUAAUGCUUCCACAAUCUAAUUACUUCAGCACCAGUGUGUUGAUUAAGAAACAAAGAAAGGGAUUUUCUUUUUACUUCUACCUUGCAUGUCAUUAAACUGUACGCACUGUAUGUCUGUUUUAAAGAGGAGUACUAUGCAUAUAACGUGACUUUCUCUGUAUAGUGCAAUGUACUGGCUGGAUGAGGAAGGCUUAUUUUUGCUUACCCCUCAUUUUUUUUCCUCAAAAAUGCAAGUAAGUUGUGCUCCCCUCUGUGGAGGGCUGCAAACACAGACUCUGGUGUCAGAUUUCCAUAACAUCAUUGGUGUUCUUUUGAAGGAGAUUCUCAUUUCUCUUUAGAGAGCUUAAAAUAAUAGCCAAUUAUCUCUCUCUGCUCAUGAUUUAGUCAGAAAAAUUAAUUGCAGAAUUGCAACUUGUGUUAUACUGUGAAGUGUUACCUCAUUUCAACCAUAUUAUUCACACAUUAAGCAUCUUUUACAUUCUGAAGAACUAUGUCGCUUUAAAUUAUGACAAGUUUUUACCUUGAGCAAAAGACUGCAAGUAUCUUCUAAUGGGACUUCUUGACCUACAAGAAAAGCAAACUGGAGGACGUUUUGAGAAUGAAUGAAAGCCACAGAGAAGCUGUAAGAUAACAUUUUGAUACAUGUAAUAUUUAAACCUGUACUUUGUUUUCAUGCAGUCGUUGCCCUUUUGUGUCAGAAGGGCUGAGCCGAGUGAUUAACCUUUGCUGUUCACAGUUUUGUGGUUUCAUUAAGAGCUUCGAGGGCUGUUUUUCCCUGAAUGCAUGCCAACAUACUGAACACAUACCACUGUAUCGUCACAGCAUGAGAGGUCUUUCACUACACAAAGGGACCCUUAAAUUAAUUAUUCUAUACAUACUGUAUCUUGUUCAUUAUUUGAAUAAAAUAUUAUUGCCUUUCUGAAA